UGGGGCCCUUUUACCACCAGUACCGGCUACGCCACAUACGACGAACGACGUCAACAAAGACCAAGAAUCGGCGGUGACGAUGAAGGCACCAAUGAAGGUACUGCUGGUGUGCUCUGCCAUUUCGAUAGCCAGCACCACCGGCACCGGCAAGACGCCCGAUAACAACCAGACGGCCCCGAUCAACUUUCCCGUCUUUUUCCGCAGUCGCUUCAAUCCACGCACGCUGCAGCAGAACGAGCGGCUCAUACCGGCCUUCGACGACAGCGAUUUACGGUUGUUGCUGCGUCCCCAUACCACAGCUUCCUCUUUUACGACGCCACAAUCAAGCCAGCGUGUCGAUCAGCCGACGACCGAGGCCGUGCCCGAGUCGCUGGAGCAGGAACCGGAGUGUGGCGACCUACCGCCCGGUGCCGAUGGUUUCCCCUGGGUAGCAGUGCUGGAGCACGCCGGCCCCCAGCAAGGCAGCCCGCGCAAGCGUACCCUCAGCAAGGGCGUCCUGAUCGAUCGCCAGCACGUCUUGACGACCGUGUCGAGCGUGCACAACUCGCACCCGACCUGGGUUGUGACGAGCGUUCGGCUGGGCGACGUCCCAACCCGCCGCCACAGCACGCACGCGGGCAACUCGAGCCAGAGAGCAAACGGUACCCAGCGGUACGAAAUCGAGACGGUGUUCCUGCACGAAAGCAAGGACAUUGCGCUAAUCCGGCUGGCAAACGGGGGCGUCCAACAGCUGACCGACUCGGUUCGCCCAAUCUGCGUACCGCGGGAGGACUACCGGCUGGAGAGCUUCAAGAUUUCGUCGCACGUCUGCCAGCGCAGCCAGGUGGUGUCGACGGCGACGGGCCGCCAUGGUAGCCGAGUCAGCCGGAGCAAGCUGCAGCCGCUCGAGCUGAUCAGUGGCGACGCCUGCAACCAGCUGCUGCGGCCGCAUGGUGCCCGACUGCCGGUCAAGAGCUUCUGUGCGCGGGAGUCGGCCGAAGAUAACUGCACUGGCUCGCUCGGCGGUCCUGCCGUUGCCACUGUCAGGGGUCGGUAUCACGUGCUCGGGCUGCGCUCCUACCUGCAAACCGAGACAACCGUCGAGGGCCUGGACAUCCCCAGCAUAUAUGUGCGGGUUGGCGGCCUGCGCAAAUGGAUAUCGGCAGUGAUCAAGGCUAUCGGCGAAUAGGCGGCGCGUUAUCGUCGCGUUCACUGAUUACGGUAUAUUCGGUAAGGUACUGCAGUGUCGGCGAGGUAGCACAGGCAUCUGGGACCAAUGGCUCAAUCAGAUUCUUCUCGGGACAAACCCUCAAAUCAACUUAUUACAUCACCUGCAUCUGAAAGAAGCCAGAACCUCAAAUCUCUGCAAUGUAUAAAUAGCACCAUCACGUACAUCUCCCAGACACGGCUACAUCAAUCAAGUACGCGUUCCAGAACGCUCCCAAGAGAUGGCUUUUGUUUUUUUAUUCGUCUUUUUUUU